CUGAGAUGUUUAUAAGUUGACUCUAGGCAUCUUAGCAUAACCAUAGAUUAACUAACCUCAAAGGAAAGCGUGCAAAUUUAAACAAGUACAAUAUUAUUAUAGUUAAUUAUUAUCAGUCUCAUUGGAUAUUAAAUUAUAGUUAUUUAUUUACAUAUUCAUAAUGAUACCUGGAGCUGAGCCUGAGCAAUAGGUAGGAGGGACAACACAGUUUAAUUUUAUCCUACAUACCCACAUUGCCCAUCAGAUCAGCAAGUAAUAAUCUACUGUGGUCUGUGGCCAUACUGUGACUGGUAUCCACUUAGAGGUAUCCAUAAUGGCUGGUAGAAAAUCCAAGAAAAACAUUAUAACUUUUGAUGAAGAAUGUGAUGGGAACAAAAUGAGUGCAAGGACAUUUUCCAAGCAACCCAAAAGUACUGUUCCAGUGUCGGUUCCAGUGAAGACCAUUGGUGAGAAUGGUGAACAGAGUGGAGAUAUUCCAAUGAAGAAAAGGAAAAAAAAACAGAAUAUACAAGAUGAAACAAAUAAUUCAAGCACAAUACAUACUGAUCAUGAAACAUAUCAGGAACAGGCAAAUUCAGAACAUGAGGUAAUUUCAGAAGAACAUAAUAAUUUGGAUACAGAACAAAAAAUCAAACCUAAAGAGUCCAUAAGGGAAAGGAAGAGAAAGAAAUAUGCUGAGUUACUGCAGACCAAAAAAUCUAAAGUAGAUCAAGAUACACAGCAACUGGCUUUAAAUUAUUUAUCAAAAUGGAAACAUGCACGAGAAGAAUGGAAAUUUGAGAAGCUUAGACAAAUAUGGUUAUCAGAAAACUUAUUCAAUUCUAUGAAGUUACCAGAUGAUAUGUGGCUUACUGCUGUUGAGUAUUUUAGUGCUUCAAAAGGUUUUAUCAGAAAACUGAUUAUGAGAGAAGCUUUGAAAGUGAUAGAUACAGUAGAAACUGACAAUGAUAAUGUGGAUGAGUGCCAGUCUAUCAAGCUAAACAGGGCUAGAGAUAUUAUACAGUAUUUAAAAGAAGUUUGAUGUGUUAUCCUAUCCUUGGAAUUAUUUAAAAAAAGUUGAAUAUUUCAUGAUUUUAUUAUAUUGUACUUGUAUUGUUUAGUGAAAUUCAACUGCCAGAAAUACUUGGGAAAUUCUGAUUUUUCUACCAUUAUUACAAAUACCCACAGAUACAGGGUAAUCCCAAUGAAGUGGCAACUUGUUAUAUACAAUACAAUAUACAAUAUAAGGAGCAUUCUGGAUCUUCCUAUUCCAGUUAGUUUAUCAAGGAAAAUUACCUUGAAAAUUACAUUUCAUAUGUGAAUAUUAUCCAUUUGCUAGUAAGAUUGUAUAAGGAUGGCUUAGUGGUAAUACCACAUAACAAAAUUGGCAAAAUAAUGAUACCUAGGGAUUUUUGUUCCUUAACAAUUAACAUGCUUGGUAUCAUAGGUAUCAACCAACGAAGUAAUACCACAUAUCAACCAAAAAUGUAGUCUGAGUAAUCAAUAUAUCAUAUGUUUAGUUUUUGGACUACAUAGGUGAGUCAUACACAGAACUCCAAAGACAGAGUUCUGUGGAAUCAUAUAGGAGAAUAUUCAUUGCUUGAUAUAGAAUAUUUCAAAUAUAUUGAUUACAUUAAUUAUAGUUCUAUUCUGAUGAAAUUACUCAAAUAUUCUUGCAGGAUAUAAUCCUGUCAUUGAAGUUUGAAAUCAAAAACCUAAUGAUAUAAGUAGACAUUUUUGUUGUCUCCUGAAAUCUUGAAGAAAUGUUACAUGUUAUUGCCACAAAGCCAUCAAAAUCAACAAAGCUGGUCUAAGGCUGUUUCCAAUUUGACAUGUAUACAGGGUGAGUCAUAACUAUUAUUGGGACAUAGGCUAAGGGUGAAUUGUUUGGACCAAAAUAUGGCAACAGGACCAACUAUGCAUUGAUAAAACAUUGCUGUGGAAAAGGGUACAGGGCGUUAAAGGAGUUUUUUAAAUGUUUUUUGCUGAUGAUUUCAUCAAAAUCGGCACAAAGGCAUCAUUUUAUACAGGUGGAAUAUUAUUUCAUGUAUUAUUCUGCAGUUUGUUACAGGGGACGCCACGUGAAAGAUUCCUGAUGAAGAAAUCGACUGGUAACAUUUUUUGACGAAACUUUUUAGUGAUUUCGAUUUGGAAAUAUGACAAUCAAAAUUUUUCAUAAUGUUGGUACUUUUGUUUGAACACGAUAUUCUCAUCCGUUUUCGAGAAAAACGAAAUUGAACAAUUCAAAGUCUCCGAAGGGACUCUCAAAUAUUAUUUCAUUUAUGAAGAGUGGAGUGCUUUCGAGUUUCGACUGUCAGAUAAAGAAUUCGUACAGCGACAUCUACUAGAAUAUGUUUAACAAGAACCUUAUAUUGAGAUUUUCAACCUUAGCGGUCCUCAAAGCGGGACCAACUUCUGUCUCUAUAGGUAAAAAAAUCGACCAAUAGGCGUUGAUGCCGACGUAGGUAAAAAAUAAUUCUAAACUUGUCAAACCAAUAUGCUUGGCUGUUUCCAUCCUUCACUUUCCGGCCUUUAUUGCAGAGAUCAGUCACCCACUGACUGAGUGGGUGACUGAUCUCUGCUUAUUGAUUCAAAAGGCCUGUUGGUUUGUAUUGCUAAACUGGCUAGAAUUGAUCUUCUUCCCAUAGUUGUCUCUGUUCAUGCCAUGAUGUAAACAAAGAAAGUCGUAGAAAAAAUAUCAAGUUUAGCAGGUUCAGCAAGCACAAACGAACAGGCCUACAAAGUACCUCUCAUUUUGGUGAUUUUGGUCCCAUUUUGUUAUGCGCCAUAUAUAUAAAUAGUAAAUAUAUCCUUAUUUUACCACAGUUUUACCUAUACCUAAUGUACCAAAUGAUAUAAACG